GCCAGUAGACUCGUGGAAUUCUCCAGAGGCAGCAGCCAGCUCCAGACACCAUGGCCCCGAAGAAAGCCAAGAAGAGGAUAGAAGGCGGAAGCUCCAACGUGUUCUCCAUGUUUGAGCAGGCUCAGAUCCAGGAGUUCAAGGAGGCCUUCACAAUCAUGGACCAGAACAGAGAUGGCUUCAUUGACAAGAAUGACCUGAGGGACACAUUUGCUGCCCUAGGACGUGUGAAUGUGAAAAAUGAAGAGAUUGAUGAAAUGAUCAAGGAGGCUCCAGGACCGAUCAACUUCACUGUGUUUCUCACCAUGUUUGGGGAGAAACUUAAAGGGGCUGACCCCGAGGAGACCAUUCUCAACGCAUUCAAGGUGUUUGACCCUGAAGGCAAAGGGUCGCUGAAGGCUGACUAUGUCCGGGAGAUGUUGACCACACAAGCAGAGAGAUUCUCCAAAGAGGAGACUAUGACCUCUCUGGCCAUGUGACCACAACAGGCCCUCUGCUGCAUUCAGCUGCAGUCCCCACCAGGCCCUGGCAUACCUGAACCUGAUCCACCCAGCUCCCUGUGCGGCUGAACCUCUAUUCUCCACUGCAGGGUGCCUGGGGUGUCUAGGGGACCUUGGGGUCACCCUGGGGAAUAGAGGCAGAGAUCGUAAUGAUAUGGGAGCGUGUGGACACAGACGCCGAGCCAGGACGGUAGCCUGGGCUGAGUGCCCAGGGAGCUGGACCUCCUGCCUCGGACCCGC